CCCCAAUUGACGAAUUGAAUUGAGCCUUUGGCCUUGGACUCACUCCACCAGAUAUUCUCUUUUCACAGCUCACUGAAGGAAAACCAGUAAAAUCCCAACAAAAAAACAAACAAUUCCAGUUCAGAUCUAGAAGAUUUUCAAUCCAAAAUCGAUCCAACCAAAAAUGUUUUUACUUGAUUGGUUUUACGGCGUAUUGGCUUCCCUCGGGCUAUGGCAGAAAGAAGCUAAGAUCCUGUUCCUCGGCCUUGACAAUGCCGGCAAAACCACGCUCCUGCAUAUGCUCAAGGACGAGAGAUUAGUACAGCAUCAGCCGACGCAAUAUCCGACGUCGGAGGAGCUGAGCAUCGGGAAGAUUAAGUUCAAGGCGUUUGAUUUGGGAGGACAUCAGAUCGCCCGUAGGGUUUGGAAGGAUUAUUAUGCGAAGGUCGAUGCUGUGGUGUACCUAGUCGACUCGUACGACAAGGAGCGAUUUGCCGAAUCCAAAAAGGAACUAGACGCGCUCCUUUCUGACGAAUCCCUUUCAAAUGUCCCGUUUCUCAUUCUUGGAAAUAAGAUCGAUAUUCCAUAUGCCGCCUCGGAAGACGAGCUGCAUUAUCACCUCGGUCUAGCUGGCGUGACCACCGGAAAAGGGAAAGUCGACCUUACGGAUUCGAACGUGCGCCCUUUGGAAGUGUUCAUGUGCAGCAUUGUUCGGAAAAUGGGAUACGGUGAUGGCUUCAAAUGGUUGUCUCAGUAUAUAAAAUAGGUUUCGUUCGGGUGGCAAAAUGGUUUAAUAAUUUGUUUGAUGGUUGUAAAUGGGUGUGCCCGAAGAAUGAUGAGAAUAUCGGGAAGAAGAAGAUGAAGAAGAAGAAGAA